AUGACGAAGAAGGGAUCGUGUCGGGUGCUCCUCUUGCUGCUGGGCGCAUGUGUGUUCGUCCAUACAAUAACCAGUCAAUUGGUCGACGACCAAACGUUCUUUGCAGGGGCUCAGAGCCUAAACGCAAGGUCCAGUUCCUCUCAGUGGGGAUCGUCGCAAAGUCCAACGAAAGUAUCCGCUAGCAACGAUUUCAGCCUGAGUGACAGCCGAGCGGGCAGUAAAUCGAGCACCGACGGUGCAUUGGAGAGCUCUGCGAGUGAAGGAAGCAUGGACGAUAGCGAGAGCGGCAGUUACUCUGGCUCGAGCAGCUCGAGCUUGGAGUACGAGUGCGACUGCCGAUCGGUCCGUCGGGUGUCGCUCAUGGGAGCCUCGGACUACUGCCUAGCACCGAACGCGUCCCUCAGCAGCAAGUGCGGCAACGUUGAUCUACGUGAAGAUGGUGGCUGCCCGAUCGUUGGAGCGCAGCCGUGCUCUUCCAAGGGUCACGUCCUCACGAACGACUCGUUCUGCGAGCUGGACAGAAAGGAUGACACGUACAAGUGCGUGGCCAGCAAGAACGACUUGGACAUCCAAAAGAAUGGCAAGAAGAAGAAAAAGAAUGCGAACCGCCGCCACGGGUCCGAAUCGGAGGCAAGCGCGUCUUCGAUGCAUUUGGCGCUGACGGCGCGUCAAGUACUUGCAAUCGUGGCUUGCGUGGCAGUCGGCAUAAUGGCGCUAGUGUAG